AUGGAGCUCAAUUCAAUUUUGUCCAACUUGUCUUUAGAAUCAGAAAUCGAUAUGUGGUUAAAUUACACUAGACUCUCUAUUUCCCUUCAAUCCCGAUUCCAGGAUCUGGGUGACUUUAAUGACCUGGAGCUUUCAAUACAGGGGUUUCGCGGCGCGCUUGCUCUUUGCCCGCCAGGAAGUCCUAACCGGGCCACAUCUCAAAGCAAUCUCGCCAACACUCUUCUCACCAGAUUCAAACAACGGGGUGAUUUUUCUGACUUGAAUUCCGCUAUAGAGCUCCAACAGGAUGCUUUGAAUUCACGUUCCCCUGGCCACUCUGAGUACCCAUCUUCACAGAACAAUCUUGCCAAUGCGCUCCUCGCUCGUUUCCAACAGAGAGGGAACUCUGCAGAUCUAGACUUGGCAAUCGAGCAUUUUCGCGGUGCGGUACGGUCCUUCCCUCCAGAACACCCAGUUCAUCCCUUGAUCCAGGGAAACCUGGCCAACUCCCUCAUCUCCCGAUUUGAGCAACGAGGUCAAUUUGAGGAUCUCAAGUCGGCGAUUACACAAUAUGAAAUUGCCGUACAACUUUGCCCAGAAGAGCAUCAACACCGCUCUCAGUUGCAAUGCGACUAUGCGAAUGUUCUUCUCACACGCUUUGAACAACGAGGGGAUCCACGUGAUCUGGAUUUGUCUAUUGUUAACCACAUCGCCGCAUUGAAGGUGCGCCCAGAAGGACACCCCUACCGCAUAAUAUCUCAGUGUAAUCUAGCCAACGCCCUUGUGACUCGUUUCGGAAAGCAGGGUGACACCAAUGAUCUGGAGCUAGCGAUCAAUCACUUCCGUUCUGCUGUAGGCACCUGCCCAGAGGGACACCCGGAGCGACCUGCCGCUCUUUCAAAUCUCGCUCAGGCUCUUCUCACUCGCUUCAGCCAGCAGGGAAAUUCUGAGGAUCUGGAUUCAGCGAUUAUAUACCUACAGGAUGUCCUUACGCUGCGCCCUGCAGGGCAUCCCGGCCGACCCACAUCGCAUGGUAGUCUCGCUAUUUCCUUGAUCACUCGAUUUGAGCAGCGUGGCGAUCCCAAUGACCUUGAUUCUGCAAUACAGCACUUUCGUGAUGCGCUCGAGCUUUGCCCACCUCAUCAUCCACGUUAUCAGAUGUUCAAGGACAACCUCGCAAGCGCCCUCCGCACACGCUUCGAACAAAGAGGAGAUUCUAGUGACCUCGAUACAGCAAUUCAGCACUCCAAAACUUCGCUGCAACCAACUUCGCGAGCUGAUCCCUCUCUGCACAACAAUAUUGGCAAUCUUCUCCAUGAUCGAUUCAAACAGCGUGGUGAUGUCAAGGACUUGGAAUUAUCAAUUGAGCAUUUCCGCAAGGCACUGGAUUUGUGCUCACCCGUACAUCCUAGCCUUUAUUCGUUCCAAAGUAAUUAUGCCGGUGCUCUGCUCAGCCAGUCUGACUCCCAGGGAGACCUUGACAGUCUUGACACGGCCAUUCAAUUCUAUCGUCGGGCGUUGGAGUUAUGCCCACCCGGCCAUCCACGUCGAUUUUCGUCUCUCUUCAACCUUGCAAAUAUAUUGCUUAGUCGCUUUGCAAAGCAAAGCAAUAUUCAGGAUCUGGAGAUGGCAAUUGCUCAUAGUCGGGAAGCUUUAGCACUAUGCCCCCCAGGGCACACAGAUCGUCCCUCUUCACAAAGCGCCCUUGCCACAGCUCUCCAUUCCCUCUUUGAACAGCAAAAAGACAUCGCCAAUUUGGAUGAAGCCAUCCAACAUCUGCAAAAUGUGUUAGAUACAGCCUCACAGGGCCAUUCUUAUCGGCCGUCUUGGCAAAACUAUCUUGCUAGCGCAUUUCAUUCUCGCUACACCUUUCAACGCAACGUGGAUGACCUCGAGAAGGCAAUCGAACACUACCGUACCGCGCUAAGGUUAAGGCCACCAGAGCACCCCAGUCGCCCAUUGCUGCAAAUUCAGAUUGCCAGAGCUCUAGGUGAUCGCUUUGACUGUAAAAGCGAGUAUACAGAUGUUAUGGUUGCCUUUCGAUUUUUAUACGUCGCUAAAGACUCCUUGCCAGAUGGGCACCCUCAGCUUUAUUUCGUCUACGAGGCCCUUGCCGAGGCUCAUACAAGGCAUUUCACCCUUUUUGACCGUUUUCCACAUCUCCGCCAUCUUUCUCCAAUCGAUCUCUCUGAAGAAAAAAAGCAAGCUUUUCUGUACUUCAAAGAGGCUUGUACGUAUCCGACUGCGAGCCCACGCAGCCGACUAAAAUCAUCUGUGCGAUGGAUAAUUGCCGCAGAGAGAGAGGGUGGUUCUGCACUUGAAGCAUAUAGAACUUGUCUGACUCUUCUCAAUCUUCACGCGACGAAUGGGUCAUCUGUCUCCAAGCGCCAUGAAUUGUUAAGGGAAACACCCCCGCGGAUUGCUUCAUCUGCCGCCUCCUGUGCAAUUCGGGAGGGUUUGAUUGACGUCGCAGUAGAGCUAUUGGAACAGGGAAGAACGUUAUUGUGGGGACAACUGGUAAGGUUCCGAACUCCCCUCGAUGAGCUUUGUCUCAUGGGCAAGGAUGGUUACCGGCUGGCGAGCGAGUUCACUCGGCUUAGCAAGCAACUAGAACAAGACAACACACUCUUAAAUCUAGAUAUGGACUAUUCCGUGCAGCGGUCGUUCGACGAAAGUGUGCGAUUAUAUCGUGAGCGGAGGAAUGAAUGGGAUUCUGUUGUGGCACAGAUACGAGACCUGCAGGGCUUUACUCAUUUCCUGAAGCCUGUGCCCUUCUCUGAGCUCCAGAAAGCAUCCAAAGAAGGCCCAGUCAUCAUCGUCAACGUCAGCUGGUACUCGUGCGACGCCAUCAUUGUCUUACAAUCGGGACAGCCGCGUCUGGUUCCCCUACCAGAACUGACCCUGGACAUUGUUUCACAGCUGGCGUCAGAGUUUGAAGAAUCUCUAAGCUCUUCUUGUGGCAGUGGUGAGGAAAAAAUUAGAGAAAGGAAAAUCACCUAUGUUCUUCGACAACUCUGGAACCUCGUCGUUCACCCUCUUGUAAGAGAGCUGGUGUCUCUUGAAGUUCCCAAAGGUUCCCGCAUUUGGUGGUGCCCUACCAAUAGAUUUGCUUCUCUGCCGUUACAUGCUGCCGGACCAUAUCGCAAGGGUGAAGAAAACCUGCCGCAGUUGUUUAUCUCCUCUUACACGCCAUCGCUGUCUGCUCUGAUCAGAUCCAGGGAGCGAACGAGCGCGAAUUCCGUCUCCAAUUCUAUUCCUUCUUUUAUCGCUGUCGCUCAGGCGAAUCCGUAUGGCAAAAGCCAGGAGAGAGAACUGAAGUCCGUAGGCACUGAAUUGAGCAUUGUCAAAGGCUAUAUACCACCGUCUAUGGCAUACUCAGAGCUGACGGGAGCUUCGGGCACAUCUGAUGAUGCUUUGGCCAAUCUUCGAACGCAUGGCUGGGUACAUCUUGCCUGUCAUGGUAAACAGGACUUGUCUCAGCCUUUUGAUUCAAGCUUCGCUAUGGGGGACAAGCCUCUUCGCCUAGUCGACAUCAUACAUGCCCGUCUAGAACAGCCCGAAUUUGCCUUUUUGUCUGCGUGUCACACUGCUGGGGGUGACAGGAACACACCGGACGAAGUCAUCCACCUUGCAGCUGGGAUGCAGUUUUCAGGUUUCCGGAGUGUGGUGGGGACCUUGUGGGCUGUAGAUGAUGGAACAGCGCAUCAUAUGGUCUCACACUUUUAUAAACAUUUCUUUGAGGCGGGAUGUGACAGCACCAGAGCUGCUGAGGCACUCAACAAGGCUGCGAGGACGGUGAACAAGAGAGAGGUGCCACUGGACCAAAGAAUUGUGUUCAUACACAUUGGCGCAUGAGGAAUGCCUAUCUGACUUAACUCCUCACAUCGAUGCAUGUUUUGCGGGAGGUAGUUUUUUUGCGUUAGCUUAGCCAGUGUUCAUAUUAUCCGAGUACGAUGACAGCAACACACCGACCAUCCUCAUUUUAAGCUUAGUACAUUACUCCUUUGCUUUCGGGGUCGAUUUUGAUUUCAAUACACCAAUGUACCUGGAGUUUUCAGUGCAACCAGGUGGUGUUGAUACAGGUCUCAGACAACUUGGGCCUUAUUUCACUAUAUGUUUGAGAUCAACACACUUUAUCUGCUAUCAAUGUCGUACAUGCUCCAGAUCAUCACUUCACUUUGUACGCGUGUCGUUUUAAAGCGGGCGAAAGUGCUUUCAAGCACUACACGCAAUCCUUUUAAUGAUGGAGUAUAGAAAGAUACAUAGACUUACAGACGGUCGGUUUAGCAUCUUUUUGGUGAACCUUGAUAUUGUGAUCAAGAAACUUUUGACUAAUCAAGCACAUCAGGAUGUC